CGAGGAGCAGAUGGCUUCCACCGGCCUUGAACUGCUUGGUAUGACGCUGGCUGUGCUAGGCUGGCUAGGGACCUUGGUAUCUUGUGCCCUGCCGCUGUGGAAGGUGACCGCCUUCAUCGGCAACAGCAUCGUUGUGGCCCAGGUGGUGUGGGAGGGGCUGUGGAUGUCCUGCGUGGUCCAGAGCACCGGGCAGAUGCAGUGCAAAGUAUACGAUUCGUUGCUGGCCCUACCCCAGGACCUGCAGGCUGCCAGAGCCCUUUGUGUUGUCGCCCUCCUGCUGGCUUUGCUGGGCCUGCUGGUGGCUAUCACGGGUGCUCAGUGUACCACAUGUGUGGAGGACGAAGGUGCCAAGGCUCGCAUUGUACUCACCGCAGGGGUCCUGCUCCUCCUCUCGGGCAUCCUGGUUCUCAUCCCGGUCUGCUGGACAGCCCACGCCAUCAUCCAAGAUUUCUAUAACCCACUGGUUGCCGAAGCCCUCAAGAGAGAGCUGGGAGCCUCCCUCUACCUGGGCUGGGCAGCCGCCGCGCUGCUUAUGCUGGGUGGAGGGCUUCUCUGCUGCACGUGUCCCCCGUCCCAUUUCGAGAGGCCCCGUGGACCCAGGCUGGGUUAUUCCAUCCCUUCCCGUUCAGGUGCUUCGGGAUUGGAUAAGAGGGACUAUGUGUGA